CCGCAGCGGGGAGGGGCGUCUGGACGCCAGGGAGCAGCCGGCCCCUUUAAAUCUCGGUGCGGGGCGGGCUCUGAGCGCCCCGCCCCGCGACGCCGUCUCCCUAGCGAUUAGAACGCACAGCAGUUGGCGUCACAAGGACCCGGGAAGGGGCUCCCCGCGUGCCAAGGGGCCGCAGCCCCGCGGCCAGCAGCGCACCAUGGAGGGAGCGGGCAGUGCGGGGCGGGAGCGCGGUGGGUCCGCCGAGCCGGGGCCCGGAGAACAGCCGGCCUCGCGGGGAGCAGGGACGGAUGCCAAGGAAAAUAGAAAAGAAACUUCAUCUUCAUCCUAUGAGGGGCGAAGCAGCUCAUCUGAAAACAGGAGUUCCACAGAGAUGGAAUCAGAGAGCAGCCUCCAGGAUGGGGCCACAGAACAGCCAGCUCCAGGCCCAGGUUCCAGAGUACUAGGAGAAAUUAGAAGAGAAAUUUCCACAUCAUUAGAUACAUUAAGCAGAUCGCCUCAAGACAAGAGUUCAGCAGGAAAGUCUGAUGGGGCCACAGAACCCAGAUCCGAGACCAGCCUCCAGAAGAGGGCCACACAGCAACCAGCUCCCAACAUAGGUACAAAAGGCCUUCCUACAAUAUUAGGUGGAAUUAGAAGAGAAACUUCCUCUCCCUCGUUACACAAGUUAAGCUGUGAAAGAAAAACAUCAGAUAAUGUUGAUCACUCAACUCAUGAGAAAUCUUUAGGAAUUUCCGUGUCAAUGCAGACAGAAAAAAGCUGGAUUUAUGAACAUAUCUACAGAAAAACCGUUCAGAGAAAGACUGAAGAGCUCAAGAAAGACAGCAUUCACAUUGCUUCUGCUGACGAAAAUGAUAUACAUGCAGUGCUGUCACAAGACCUCAGCAGUUUAGGCAUUUUGUGCGACAUGGAGUUUAAUGAAGACUUCAUAAGACUGUUUGAGGAAUCCCUGCGCACACUGUCCCAUAUUGGGCCACCAACUAUUCUAGCAUAUAGGCCAGAAUCAUCAAGAGAAGACAUGGAGAUACAGAUAGAAGAGGAAUCUCUUGCAACAUGUGAGUACUGUGGCAGCUUGCUGAAAUUAUUUCCUUCCUAUGAAGAGCUUGACCCAGCCUCUGAAGAUUACGAAUCAUUUUUCUGUUGUGAGCAAAAUCAGGAUCUCUAUGAGUACAUCAUUACUGAAAAAAAGAUUUACGAGAAUGCUAGAAAUGAGUCAAUCUCCAUUCACCCCCAUGCAGCCCACGGCAGUGAAGUGGACAGGCAGAAAGCAAGGGAGAAAGAAUAUCAGAGGCAACAGGAAAGACAAAUAGCAAAACAAUUUGCCUUCAUGGCGGCAGAGCAGGCCAGCUUCGUUGAAAAUUCAAAGCAACUCAAAACCAUUUCCUACCAGCUCUCCCAUGAGCCACCCUCCCCUGGAGGUUGGACUCUCAUGCCUUAUGAGACAGUUGAAAGAGUAGAGAAAGAGGAAAUUAACUACAGUACUACUUGCUGUGACUUUACCAUUGCGGGUGGAAAGCUAAUGAAGCGACAGUUCUUGGAAAAAUACUACAAACAAGGAGGAAAGUUCCUUACCAUAUUUCCAGACGGCACAGCACAAUUAUUAGCACUUUGCAAAGCCACAAGCUGGUCGCGCCGCACUGAGGCUCCCAGUGCGCGCCCUGCAGCGUGUCACACACAGGCUCAGCGAUUAGAACCUUUGUACUGUACUGACUGUUGGCCAGGGCACCAGGUAGAUCUGCCACUCUCUUGGAAAGAGCACUGGGAGAUCAUUUACCUGCAGCUGGAGCUUCAGCCUAACACCUCAAAUGGAGUUGCACCUCUCACAGUGAAACAGCCUGUCCUGCCCGUGUAGCACUGGAGUGUCAAUCAUUUGGAGCAACUAUGUGGCCAAGUUCACCCACAAGCUUCUUCAGGAGAUGCAAGCACUUUAUAACCUGAGCUAUGCUGAUAUACCCCCACCCAUGGGUGUCCAUUCUUGAAAAUGACUUUCAAAUGGCAGAUCUAAGAUUAACCUUUUGGAGAAGUGUCCUAUGUUUAAGAAGGAGCAUGUAAAAGAUACUAGAGACAGUUACAAGCCAUGAAUUUACAAGACAUCAAGACCUGUUUAAACCCAACAGAAAUAGAACAUCUCCAAGUGACUCUCUAGUCCUGAAACUAGCUUUGCCAUUGUCCAUUGUUACCUCUAAGAUCCUCUUGUUGUUUUUCCUUUGCAGUAACAUUUUUCUGACUCAGUGACACACCAGAGAGGAUUUAUUAAAAUACUGCUCCCAAAGUGAACAUGGGUUUGAGAUAACUUCCCUGCCUUUGCUACCACCCCCACCCCACUCAGUUCCAGAGAUAGAGCUAUUAAUUAAUAUUGUCAAAUGACAAGAUGCCAUAAAUGUGUAUGAUGCAUGUUAAAUCAAGUCUACCAGAGAUAGCUUAUCCCUGGGCUCAUAAAGAUACUCAUGAAGAGCAAA